AACGCCGCCAACAUGUCUACUACUCCUUCACCCACAAAGAGAACACCAUUGUCUUCUAAAACGUUUAACAUCUCCCCUACUCCUUUGAAGAGACCAAAUCCAGUACAUUUACCUUCCAGAUUGUCACCCACUAAAAGGUUAGCGCCAGCAAGAAACACACCAUCUCCGCCAAAGAAGAGCACUGGUUUAAACUUUACUAUUUGGGAAGACAAGACUGAAAAGCCCGAAUUCCCAGAGCAAGAAUACCCUUGUUCAAACAAACAAAAUAAUCAUGACCAAGAAAACAUUUUACAACCAAAGAAGAAUGAUAUAAUAAGGUCGAGUGUAAGAUCACCCUUGGCUGACUUGAGCAUUAAUGAAUACCCUGGCUUUGUAAGCUAUGGAGGCCCUGAAUUUAAAUUAGGUGAAUUGUACCAACCACCUAAUUUCAAUAAUGAAUUCAAGUCAUUACAUAAACAUCUGAGCUUACCAAACUAUUUAACACCCAGUAGAAAACACAGCGGUAGAGAUAAGUACUUGGUUGUGUCAGGAACCACUCCAGAUAUUGAUGAAACUGAAUUGUUGUUAAUUGAAAAGCAACAAAGAUUAUCCAACAAAGUCAUUAGAAAACAUACCCGAUCAUUAUCCGUUGGUAAGAACGAGGCAAAGUUAAGCUUAAUUAGAAAGAAUAAUUUUUCAAUCUUGUCUAAUUAACAUUUUUUUGCUACGCAUUUCACUUCUCUCCAUUGUUUACACACAUGCAUUUAGAAAUACCCUUGUAGUUACGACCUAAUAUAAAUACGC